UUGUUAUUUCCUGCAACAUAUACUUAGGCAGGAAAGUUUGUGUAAAUUUUAAGAAUUGAUGAACUCCCCGAUUGUAGUUGUUGGAGACUCUAUUAUAGGGGGUAGGAACGGUGGGAAGUUUCAAAGCUCAUCUGAUGAAGUCUAUCUUCGUGGAUUCAACACAGUCAGUGGCAGAAACCCAACCGACGCGGCGCUUACGUCUCAGGGUACCGGUGAAAUCAUUGCAGCGGUAAGUGGACGCGUUGAGAUCAUAGAGAGAGUUAUAUCAGUUAAAGGAAGACAAUCUCGCUACCUUGCAGAGAUUGGAGAUGUUGUGAUUGGAAGGAUUACUGAAAUUUCUGGAAACAAAUGGCUUGUAGAUCUUAAUGCUACGCAUGAUGGAGUUAUGCUCCUGUCCAAUGUUGCAGAGCCCGGAGGUAUACUGAGGCGUAGAGGUCGUAGCGAUGAGCUCAGUAUGCAUCAACUUUUUGACCAGAAUGACCUUGUGGUGGCCGAGGUCCAACGCAUAUCACCAGAUGGAGUGAUAUUUGUUCAUACGCGUGCUACAGAAAAAUAUGGUAAACUGACAUCCCUUGGUCACUUAGUUUGCGUGCCUCCCUUUUACAUAAGGCGUGCCAAGCACCAAUUUUUUGAUCUUCCUGAAUACAAUACUCAGCUUAUUGUCGGAAUGAAUGGUAACAUAUGGGUUACUCAGAUGACGAAACAUGUGGUUGAUAAUAGCUCAGAAAAUCGCAUUCAAGAUGAUGUAGAUGUUCGGCGCAAUGUUGCACGCGUAGCCAACUGCGUAAAAGUCCUUGGUAUAUCGGGUAUUAAAAUUUAUUUUAAAACAGUGGAAGGUAUCGUGAAUAGAUCUAAAGAGUUGGGUUUUAACCCGUACGAUGUACUACUCCCUAAAAAUCGCGAAGCACUGAUUUCUGAAGUUAAUGAUGUCUUAGGAACUAAGCGUAUCAGAACAUAAGGAAUAAUAUGCAUAUUUAGGGUAAAAUAUGUCAAAACAUAAUACUUCCUAAUGGAACUUCAACACAUUAAUUAAGAAUGCAUUAUUUAAGAUUAAUAAUUACUAUCUAAAAAGCUGAAAAAAUGUACGCUGCUUUCCGAACUUCGUAUAGAUGAUAAGAAUUCAUAAUUUAGUAAUUCUUUACUAUCUUCUCUCACCUUUCAUUUCAUAUUUGUUAUGCAUUUAUUUGAAAAAGAUGAUGUGAUAAAAUAAUUCAUUCAUAAUUGCAGUAAUACUUCAAAAUGAACACAUCUCAUAUAAAGUUCUAUACACAGCAAUAUUUGCCAAUGUGAUUUUGGUAUCCUAAGUUCAACCUUCAAGCAUUAUAAGGAGAAAGUAUUUUCUUUUUCUAUUAUAGUAAGGUAAAAUAUUAAGCUAAUUGCAGCAUGGGACAAUGAUUCUAUUUUCACUUUAUUUGAGAUGGGGCUUACAUAUCACGAACGCUUUUGAGUUACUACCUCAAUGAGAAAAAUGCAAUGAUGACAAUAUUUAGUCUGAUAAUAUGAGCCUCAAUCCAGCGCUUAUUACUAAAGCUACAAUUGAUCUAUCGUGAUCAUUUUCGUUUUAUUUGAAAUAUACAAAAGAGGUGAAUAUAAAAGUGUUAAGUCUUACCUUCGAUGUUCCACAUUAAAGAUAGGCUUAAUGCUGUACGCUGUUAUGUGUCUAUGCUCAAUCUUAUAGAACCUCAAAUAGUAGUCCAUCGGAAGGGUCGUUCAAAGUCAUUCUAUAUGGAAAUUGGAGAUUAUGGGAAGUGAUCUCUUUCUCUAUAUUUGCUUGAAUCAGUCAAAUUCAUCAAAUCCCCCGAUCAAGCUUUUCCAUUUCACUUAUGAAAUGCUACAACGAAUGCUGGAAUUGAAUCACUAGAAGAUAACAAUUCUGACCUUGGAUAUGUUUAACAAAUCAAAGCUGAAGAGAUCCAAGACAAAAAUAUGUUAAAGUGGAAAGUAGGCCUUGUUCACCUUCGCUGCUUUGUACCUUUUCAUGAUAUACAGUUUUAGGAGGAUAACUAUUUGGUGUUACUUUAAAGAACUAUAUAGACAUUUGAUCGCAUACACAUAUUAGCAACUAAUUAGCAAUAUGCAUCGAGUUUCUACUAUUUGCAUGAACUUGGAUUCAGAAAAAUUGAGAAAGUAUUCAGUGAUCAUGGAACAUACUGUUCAUCAGCUUAACUGUGGAAGAGACAACUAGAAAAUAUAAGUGGUUGUCUCAGAGCACACUUAACAACAAAUGUACUAGGAUUAACGGUCAGAAACGUGUAGUAGUUUCUUAUCCUUACCAAAUAUGAGGAAAUCGGUUCAAACUAAAAUGUUCCAAAA